AUGCAUGACAUUUUUUUCAGUUCUGUCAAAAUGACGGCGAGUUACACCAUCAGUAUCGCAUUCCUUUUUAUGCUGAUUCAAAUAUUCACUGAAACACUCUGUCAACAAUGCAUCAAUGGUGGGUCAGAGGAAUCCAUCUUGGGUUGGAAGCUGCAAAACCACGUCUACAAGACGCUAAAGGCAAACUUUGGAUAUGAGUGCGUACUUAUUUGUCGUCAGGACAGCAGGUGCCAAAGUUUCAAUUGGGUGAUCUCUCUUAACAUGUGUGAGUUCAGCGACAGAACCAAAGAAGCCAGACCUGAGGAUUUUGUUCCCGAUCCAGACAGAUAUUACUACAGGCGAGACAUGAAUCGAGGUAAAGUUUAUGUUAGUUAAGAUCUCUCAGUAUUGAAAGAAGUUUUUAAGGGGCCUCAGUGCACUUUUCGUGGCUUCAUGCCCGGAGACAUCUAAAUUUCAGUCAUCAUUUCCAGGAAAUAUUUACGUUAAUUUAUUAGAAAAAUUGACCACUUAACUGAUCAAUAACACCCGACAAAAAAGGCUGUGAGUUUUAAGAAAGAGGUACUAUGUAUGCGCGAAACUUUCAUGUCCAGCCAUAAAAUAACUUGAAAAUGACAACAUUUUGUGCGAUUGAGACCUUGUAAUGAAAAUUAAUGAUCGGCAUCCUUAUUAUCUGGUGAUUCUUCAGUGUCGCGGAAACCAUUGUUGGUUCGCUUCUGUGGGUAGUGUCUAAUCAUUCGUUUGUAUUAUAGUAUUACGUCAUUAAGUGAUUGCACCAAUCCGCAACACCAAGAAACAACCUUAUUUGGCAGGUUAUUUUAAAAGAAAAAUUUGUGUGUUAUACUUUUAUACUUUUAGUCAUGCCGGGAAAAGCAGUAUUAAAACUUCUCCGCAUUGUUUUGUAGUUUUCUAUUUUGUUAAAAAUCGGUGCCACUGCUGCUGUCCCGCGAUAAGAUACUCCGGUCUACUUCGUCUCUCACUUUAUGAUCAUUCAUUGUUUUUAUAGCGGAGCACCAUGCGUAAGAAAAAAUGGUAACCCAUAGAUGCGAGAAAUCAGUGGUAAACGCGUGAAAACACGUCUGUCCACCCCCGACAUGUAAGCCGGGAUGAAGUUUGCAUUCAAGCAUGCGCGCGUUUUGGCGGUAAAUCACAUGGCCACCCGGACUGUUAGAGAGAAACGACAACAAACUUAAGCCGAGUCCUCUUUUUUUUUCGACUAAAUCUUAAUUAUGUCUACACUGAUGCGGAUAACAGAGAAAGAGCUAGAGCGAGAUAAGAGAUAAAAAACAAAGAAGACGAAUUUCGUUGAAAGAACAACAUGAAAAUUAUGUAGUGGCGGUGAGAAAAUGAGAAAUGCUAGCGACCAGUAAGGUGAAAAUGAACAGCAGUGAAGAAAAAAGAAAAUUAAGAAGAAAAUUAUUUGUGAACACAUACGACAUUUCCUCCAUGAAACGUGUAACAACGGCAAAGAAAUGUAGAAGAAAGUAAUUAUGCUGCACGUGCAAAGUUGUUGUUUUGCUACUAAAUCCAAUUAAUUUUCUGCUGUUCUCGUUGUCGUCGCCGUUUAGCAUUAUAUGAUUUUUGAUAAAUACGCAAUAACAUUUCACACGCUUGACAUUUUAAUAGUUUAAGUAACAAGGUUUGCUUGCAGAUUAUUUUCCCCGUAAAUCAUCCAGUCCUUCCACUGUAUCAAAUGUUAAGCAUAGAAUUGAAAAAUUUCUUCACAGUGGUUUCAAGUAUAUUGCUUUAUUUUAUUUUAUUUUUUUUUUCGUUUGAGUAAAUUAUAACUUUAUUUACGAGAGCUUCGUUUUUUGCCUUGGCUAAAUCUGUAUAUUAGAAUUACCUCUCCAAGCCCUAAGAACAUGCUCAGUUUCCUCGAACGGACCAGUUUCUUCGUUCAAUGGUCGUCUAGAUAGCCGACAAUUUUCGUUUACCCUGCGUGUAUCGCCGGAUAACUUGGUCAAAAAUAUUUGCUCGGGCGAAUAGAUGCAACUGGUCGCUAAUUAUUGAUUAUUUUCAAGAUCGUUUGUGCAUUUUUAUUAAAUAAAUUUGAGGAAGGGCGCUAUAAAAUUCUUCGAAAAAACUUCACCAAACGUGCAUGUUAUUGAUGUCUCAAAGUUUCUAUCAGUGAUUAUCGAUUCGAUGCUGACAAUUUAAUUUCAGAAUAACCAUUAGAUAAUUAAUAAAACAUUUUCUCUUUAGUUCCUCUUGGAUCCACUCCUGAGCUUCCAGCUGAAACAUGCAAAGAAAUCAAAGCAAGUGAAGGGGAGGCAGAGAGCAAGAAGUACUGGCUGAGUACCAUUAAACCUGGUUCUACUGUGCUCGCUCAUUGCGAUAUGAAGACUGACGGUGAACAAAUUUAA